CUUCUACAGGACUUAAUGUUAUAAACCCAGUCAUACUGUGUUCUUGUUGUUUAUGGCAAACAGGUAAACAAGCAUAAAGCUCAAUGGGAAGGAAAAACCAGACCUUUGUAGAUGAGUUUUUGUUACUGGGUCUUUCACAAGAUGCACAGACUCAGAUCCUUCUGUUUGUUCUUUUCUUCAUCAUUUAUGUGCUGACUGUACUUGGGAACCUGCUCAUCAUUAUCCUCGUCUUCAUGGAUUCUCGACUUCAUACCCCCAUGUACUUUUUUCUCAGAAGCCUCUCUUUUGCAGAUCUCUGUUUCUCAAAUAGCAUUGUUCCUCAAGUACUGUCCCACUUCCUGACAAAAAGGAAAACUAUUUCUUUUUGGGGCUGUGUGACACAGGUAAUUGUCACCCUUCAGAUUGGAUGUACAGAGUGUGCUCUGCUAGCAGUGAUGUCCUAUGACCGGUACGUGGCUGUGUGUAAGCCUCUGCACUAUUCCACCAUCAUGACCCAACAACUAUGUCUCCAGUUGACUCUAGGGUCCUGGGCUAGUGGGCUCCUAGUAUCCCUGAUAGACACUACUGUUGCUUUCCAUCUUCCCUAUAAAGGGCAGAACACAGUCAGCCAUUACUUUUGUGAGCUUCCUGCCCUCCUGAAGUUGGCUUCAGCAGACACUUACAGCACAGAAAUGGCCAUCUUUGCAAUGGGUGUAAUCAUCCUCCUAGCACCUGUCUCCCUCAUCCUCAUCUCCUACUGGAACAUCAUCUCCACUGUGAUCCAGAUGCAGUCUGGGGAGGGGAGGCUCAAAGUCUUCUCCACCUGUGGUUCCCAUCUCAUUGUUGUUGUCCUCUUCUAUGGAUCAGCAAUAUUUAACUAUAUGCAGCCAAACACCAAAACCACAAAAAAGCAGGAUAAGAUAAUAUCUGUGUUCUAUACAGUAGUGACUCCAAUGCUAAACCCCAUAAUUUAUAGUCUGAGGAACAAGGAUGUCAAAGGUGCCUUCAGGAGACUGGCUGCAAGAAUGUCCUUCAUUCACAAGAAAUGACCUAUGGGUCUGGGUUUUUUCACCAAUGUAGCAUCUUUGAUAAUGGAGUAG